AUGACACCACCAGUGAACCAUGAUCGUCGACCAAAUUUGCCUUCUGCUGUGUCCUCUCCUCCACCACCACCGGUUCCCGCAAGCGCAGCUACGAAUGUCGUGAGAAGCGCUGCUAUUCCGCAGCCUACCGAUUCGAGCUAUCCUACGCCUAGUCAUGCUCAGCCGCCAUCGGUUUCUUUGCUAGCAGCAGUACAAAAAUGCCCUCGGCAUGAAGAAGCAUCGGUCGACCUGAUCCAGUUCUACAUCCUUCAAGCUCACGUCCUUCAGCAAGUCCAGCCGGCUUUGGGAGCAGACAGCCUUUCCAUGUGCGCUGCGUGCUUUUCAACCUACAUUGCUCCAUAUCCGAAUCUUGCGAGUAAUUUUCAGCUUCGCAAGAGGACCGAAUCACACCCAGAUGCACCACAAGCCAGCUUCGAGAAGUUGACUUGCCAUUUUGCCUUACCCACUGUGCGACAGAUCUUCUACCAGCAGUGUGUACCCAGUGGCACAGUGGUGCCUCUCCUUCAAUUCGAACAGUUCGCCGGUACUUUGCCGACCUGCAAAGGGACCCUCGUAGAGCAACCUGUCGAGUACUACGAAUCGAACAGAGGCGAUGGAUUUGGGUGUUGUAAGACAUGCUUUGAGUUGUUCAUCCGCAGCACCGCGUUCGAGCGAGGCCUGGUACUGAAGAGCCCAGACAGCGGUUGGCUUUGUGACAUUGGGGCUCGGGGAUACCUCUUUCGCGCGCUGAUUGCCGAUCUGGAAGAUCAACGACCCGACUUUGAUCGCUUUUCAUCCAAGUCGAAGCAAAGAACCGCUCUUCCGUUCUGCCUGGGGAAGGGAAACCGGAUUGUCCCAGAAGGUUCCGACGGCCCUCAUUUCACAUUUGAACCUGUGGGAGGCAAGUCGGGCGUCUUGUGUCAGGCUUGCUACUGGGACAAAGUUCACGGAACGAGCAUGGAGCCUUUUUUCAAUGUCUACACCGAAAUCGAACUGCAAUAUUAUGAUACUGCAACAUGCGAUUUAGCAGGGAUCGUCGAGACAUUCGCCAUGGAAGCCGCAAUUCGAGCCGGAGAUGAUGAGGUCUGGCGACGUUGCCUCGUCGGGCGUGCGACUCUGCCCGCAUGUAAAGGUGUCGAAGGCGUCGAAGAAGAAACACUUGAAGGGCAAGACGAGACAAACAAGUGGUACUGCUUUACCGAGUACCCCUCGAUUGAGGUUUGCCCAUUCUGCUAUUGCGCCACCGUCGAGAUCCUUGGAGCAGGCCAUCUCUUCUCACCUAUAACGAGGCCUCUGCGCCCCGGAGUCCUCCGCAUGUGCUUCCUGGCACAAGCUCAAGAUCUAGAUGCAGACGUGUCAGAUGCGAGCAACUUUGAAAACACGCUCGUGUGGCGUGGAACUAUGCUACGAAACUGGCUGCAUCACGGUUACAGCUGCCAUGGCAACUUCUAUGGCCUAAAGCAUGUGGCAAAGGCCAUUGCAUCUUGGCCUCCGCCUUGCAAUGCUGGUUUGCACGCAUUGAAGCCUGUUAAUAAGCGGAAGUGGUAUGGAAACAAGUUCUAUGCCGUGGGCGAUGAAAAUAUGACUGGAAUUCGGUUGUGUGAAGAGUGCUUUGAACAUUAUGUCAAGGACACACUGUUGGAGUCGUUUGUCGGCGAGGACUUGACGGACCAAGUGUACGCAUCGCUCCCAGACGGCUGCAGAUGCUGUACGCAAACCAGACGAGCAAGAGACGAGCUCAGCUCUGCAUGCCAGAAAGGCGACUUCCUCCAGUUUUCAAAGUACUGGGCCGCAAGAACAGACUGUCGAGAACGCCACGAAGCCAUGAACGAGCAAUGUAACCGGCAGGCAGCAAAGCAGAAACAAGCGUUGGAUGUGCUGAAUAUGCAGAACCAGAUGGCCUCCAUUCAGCUGAUGCAAGGGCUGACAGCCAACACGAAUGCAAUCAUCAUGGGCAUUGGCGGAUCCGUAGCGGAGGCUGCAUCCCCUGAUUACGGGCAGAGAUAUUGCAACGCGGCGGUGGGCAACGGAUACUUGACGGGAGCUGGUGCGAAUGCUGCACAAGCUCGCAUUGAUGCAGCGGCGACAAUGUCAAAGGGAAUCAGUGUGGCCGACUUCCACUCUGCAGGUGAUACUUGGCAGGACACCCAGCAACUACUCUUGCUGUCUAAGGCCUUGCAAGCGGAGUGGGAUGCUAUUAAAUGA